CUUUCUUUCCAGGACGACGGAGAGUCAACACCUCCUCGGUUGACUCUUCCUACUUCGAAAGCCAAAGUCAGGAACGAACGAGUUCCUUCCUUCUCGCUCGAUUCAUCAUCCACGCCAGUCCGAUCCCUUCAUCCUCCGCCACUUCCGAUGGUGUUCAAGUACUACACUUUCGUCAUCAACGAUGAUUUCCUCAACACUCGGCCCGGCUCGCCGCCAGCCUUCUCGCUUUCGCCAUCUCCUCAAGCUUGCAGUGGUUGCAUCGGCGUCGUCAGCAGAUUCGGCGAAUUGCAACUCCGGGAUCGAUCCAGGGACGGAGGAGCCGUGGUGGAGAUGCGGAACGAGGAUGAGACGAAUAUUAUAGCUGAAACCUCGCAUUUGCCGAAUUUACCUGAUGGUUUUGCAGAAGCCAAUAUGCAAAUGCAAUCUGGUCUCAGCUACUGUCACUUCCAGGUCAAGAAACCAUCUACUGCCAUUUCCAGAGAUCCAGACUCAGCUAAUAUUUUUGACGAAGAAUCGGUUUUUAAUGAGGUCGAUAGUUUCCCUGUGAAGCAAAGAGCUGAAAAUAAUGGAAAGAAAGGGUCAUGCUACCGCUGCUUUAAAGGGAAUAGAUUCACAGAAAAGGAAGUUUGCAUUGUUUGCGAUGCAAAGUAUUGUCAGACAUGUGUAUUAAGAGCUAUGGGAUCUAUGCCUGAGGGAAGAAAAUGCGUCACCUGCAUAGGCUUUAGGAUCGAUGAAAUGAAGCGAAGUGACUUGGGGAAAUGUUCUAGAAUACUAAAGUGGCUCUUGCCAGAAUCAGAAAUCAAGCAAAUAAUGAGCUCUGAGCUGCGGGGCUGCCCAAAUCCUCCGAAAAAGCUGAGGCCAGGAUACUACUGGUAUGAUAAAGUAGCUGGGUUUUGGGGUAAGGAGGGGCAGAAACCAUGCCAAAUAAUCAGUGCCCAGUUAAAUGUUGGGGGUCACAUUAAAAGAGAAGCUAGCAACGGAAACACAGACGUAUUGAUUAAUAGCCGAGAAAUUACGAAAGAAGAGGUUUGGAUGCUCAAGUCAGCUGGAAUUCCAUGCGAAGGAAGACCUCAUUUUUGGGUGAGUGCAGAUGGAUCCUAUCAGGAAGCGGGGCAGAAGAAUGCUAAAGGCCUUAUAUGGGACAAGACUAAGACAAAGCUAGUCUGUGCAAUCUUGUCUUUGCCAAUUCCUCCGGAUAAUGCAAAAUCUGGUGAAGAAACGACCAAAGACAGCCGUGGCCAGAGUGAUCUUCAUCACAAACUGCUUCUGGUCGGCUUUGAUAAAUCCGGCACAAGCACUAUAUUCAAGCAGGCUGAGAUUCUGUAUGGUGUCCCCUUUUCUGAAGAUGAACGUGAAAAAAUUAAGUUAGUGAUCCAGAGUAAUCUAUACUGCUAUCUGGGCAUACUGCUCGAAGGACGUGAGAGAUUUGAAGCGGAAGCUUUGAAGGGGAAGGGGAAAAGCCCGUUAAUUGACCAACCCAGUUCUUCGGGUCGCGAACGGUUUGAAAGAGGAAGCUCAAGGGAGAAGGGGAAAGGACUGAUGAUUGAUGGAUGCCGCUCUUCAGAGAAAAUGUAUCCGAAGGAAACUAAGUCGACCUAUUCCAUGGGCUCAAAGCUGAAAGCAUUCUCAGAUUGGCUUCUCAAGGUAAUAGCAUCUGGCAAUCUGGAAGCCAUCGUUCUUUCUGCCAGUCAUGAAUUUUCACCUCUUAUUGAGGAACUGUGGGAGGAUGAAGCCAUUCAAGCCACAUACAACCGAAGGAAUGAGUUAGAAAAGCUCCCUAGAGUGGCUACAUAUUUUCUGAAUCGGGCUGUUGAGAUUUCAAAAGAAGAGUACGAGCCCUCUGAUAUGGAUAUUCUGUAUGCAGAGGGAAUCACCUCUUCUAAUGGUCUUGCAAGCGUGGAAUUUUCAUUUCCCACGCCAGCAAAAUCAGAUGGAAACAUAGACUCUAUUGAUCAGCACUACAGCAUGAUGAGGUACCAACUCAUCAGGGUGCAUCCUAGAAGCCUAGGGGAAAACAGCAAGUGGUUGGAGAUGUUUGAAGACAUUAAUAUUGUCUUGUUCUGUGUCUCAUUGACAGACUACGACGAGUCCUAUGAUGACAAAAAAGGAUCACUGAUAAACAAGAUGAUGGCAAGCAAGCAGCUUUUUGAAAGCGUAGUCACUCAUCCGUCCUUCUAUGAAAAGGACUUCCUUUUGAUUAUGAACAAGUUCGAUCUGCUCGAAGAAAAGAUUGUGCAGUCUUCUUUAACUCAAUGUGAAUGGUUUUGUGAUUUCGAUCCAGUGACCAGCUAUAGCCGCAAUAUCGGGACUUAUGUUAAUCCGGCUCCUUCAUUGGCACAAAGUGCUUUCCACUACAUGGCAGUGAAGUUCAAACAGCUCUUCCAUUCGCUUACCGAACGCAAGCUGUAUGUUUCCCUAGUUGCGGGACUUGAGCAGGACAGUGUAGAUGAAUCUCUUAAGUAUGCGAGGGAGAUUAUGAAUUGGGACAAAGAAGAUAUCACUUUCAUCAACGAGGAAUAUUCCACAAGUUUGGAGGGAAGCACCUCUUAGUUCUCUGUCUCUUUAUAGUUUUUCACUCUCCCAAUCGGCGACCAUCUGGUUAUGCCUAAUUAAGAAGGCGUGGCUUAGUCAAUAUAUACUGGCACAAAGGUAAAUCAUAAGAAGUGGACUAGCUUGGAUAUUU